AUGGUUGGGCACACGCAUGAAGACAUAGAUCAGGUCUUUUCAAGAAUUAGCACACAUAUGAGACAUGUUGAUGCCCCCACCUUGCCUGCCCUUUUACAUGGCAUCACAGAGUCAACAACACCAACUCCAGAGGUAUUGGAAGUCAAAGGGAUUUAUGACUACAAGUCCUGUUUUGAAGAUGUUAGAGGUAUGAUAGAAGGCAUCUCUGGGCCCCACCAGUUCAUGCUAAAGGAGAAAAAUGGAAAAGUAAUCUUACAUUACAAGGACUGGCCUACAGAUGCUGUAUACAAGACAUUGGACUUCAGUGACCGCAUUCCUGAUGACUUAAAUCUGAUGCAAGUUGCUGUCAAUCCAAAGAUGGAAGUGGAGUCCGGAAAAAUGAGAAAUGAUUUACCAAAGUGGAACCAGAGUGGAAGAUUAUCCGAAGAAAAUGUGGAAUGGUGGAAUGAGUAUCUGUUUAUUCAAGAACAUGAGCCAAAUCUGCCUCCUGUUCAUCAGCUUCCUUGCUAUACAGAAACUGAACAAUCUAGAAAUUCAGGAGCAGAACAUUUAGUGGAUGCCAUUUCGGCAUCAGUUGAGAGACAUAAAAAACAAUCUGUGCUAAGAGUAAAAGGAAAACGUAGGAGCAGGAUCAGCUAA